CGAACCGCGAACAAGAUCUUGACCUUUCGCAACUCUUAUCAGCAUCUCAUUGGCUAGUAUGUACUAACGCUGGGCGAGGGCGAGUCAGACUACAGUAGCCUGGGAUCCUUCUCUUCUGUUGUCGCGGACAUAGGCUACUGUUCGUUGGUAAUUUCACUCCUGCAUUGGUAAGCUUUCACAGGAUUUCACGGUGAAACUGACGAAGCUGCCGCUGGGAAUGGAUACAAUAUAAGAACACGGACGCGUCGGACCGUGUCCUCACACCGAGACAACUUGAACAUGAGCAAAUUAACAAUCACCUACCGCCGCGUUGGCGAGCUCGACAUCAAGCUUGACUUAUCCAUACCGCCUUCAGCUACCGCAGACAGCGCCGCGCUGCCCGCUGUGAUCUACUUCCAUGGCGGUGGCUUGCUGUCAGGCAGUCGCUUAGAAGAAGAUAUCUACUUCGAGUUCUGGCUGAAAGAGUCAACGCUUCGACGAGGCCUCAUCUUCAUCGCAGCGGACUACCGCCUCGCGCCUCCCUCGACCGCACUCGACAUCAUCGACGAUGUGAAAGCGCUCUUCUCCUUCCUCGCGCGUCCGACGUUCUCCAAAGAGCACUUGCCCAACAGUGUAUCGCUGGACGCCACGCGCCUCGCGAUCGCAGGUUUCUCCGGUGGAGGUUACGUCGCGCGAGUAGCGGGCAUCUACGCAGAGCCGAAACCGAAGGCCGUGUUGUCCAUGUUCGGCAUGGGCGGUGACUUCCUCUCCGACCACUGGCUUGCGGUGAAGAACACGUACCUAAGGUUCCCCGGUGCCGCCCAGAUCACGAAUGCCUCCGUGGCUCACCUCCUGGACCCGUCGAUCCCUGCCGUAGCGGAGGCGACGCUCAGAGUGCGGAGCGACGGGAUGGUGUCGGACGACGAGAACCGCUGGUGUCUCUUCAUGCAUGCCUGGCACAACGGCAACCUCCUCGACUUCGUCCUCGGCCAGCCAGUCUCCGCUACUCUACGAAGCCUACCGUACGCGGAUCGCCUCGCGGCGAUACCUCCGCGGUUGCGGCCGGCGAUCUUGGAGGACCAGAUCAACGCGGCGUUCCCGCCGACGUAUCUCGUGCACGGGGUGAACGACCAUUGUGUCUUAGUCUCUGAAUCGGAGAAGACGUACCAGCGAUUGCGGGAGGUGGGAGUCACGGCGGUAUUGGACAUCGUCCCGGAUGCAGAUCACGGGCUCGUUACGAGCACUGUCCCCCCGGUACCAGCACCGGGAUCUGACGAAGCACAAGAGAGAGGCAUGGACUUCAUUGAACGAGAGCUGCGCAAAUGAUGCAACAUUUCUGCUGCACGUAGGGGCAGGAUAUGCAUGUACACGACCUUCGUACAGCCUCCGAGUCGAGUAUCACGAUGCUGGACCGCAGUGGUUGUGUGUAUGUUCUGCAUGUGGUUGACAAUAACACAGGGGCUACAAUGCCAUGGUCGAAAAAUCACAUUGCGUACAUGAGAGCUCGUUGCCUACGAUGCUUGAUUGAAGCAGAUGUCAUCCGGAGGGUCACAGGGAGCCCGUGAGCGUGU